AUGAAAACCGAGAAGUUUAGCCAUUUUUUCAAACAACAGUGGCUUACGUUAUCUGAUGAAAUACGUAUACUGCUGACAUUUCAUCCUAAAGAAUGGCUUAAUGCUUUUCGAUCCAAUUCAAAAUAUCCCCUGUUUCUACACGGUGACAUUGAUGGAUUUGUUGCAUUGUUUAUCGAUAAUUUAGCAACAUUGUUGGCAAUUAUUCUUGCACUUCAACCUGUAUUUGAUUCUGACAUUGUGUAUGGAAAGAUCGUAACUGGCGUGGCUCUGACCAUGUUAUGGGGUAAUAUUUAUUAUGUCUACAUGGCCCGAAAGCUUGCAUACAAGGAGAAACGCGGCGAUGUAUGCACAAUGCCGUAUGGAAUUAAUACACCAGGAGCAUUUGCAUUUAUCUUUGGUAUAAUCUUUCCUGCGUAUUACCAGUGUAUAGUUGAUAACAACGGACAGAACAAACGAAUGUGUCAAGAACGUGUCUGCGUUGCACUUCUCUCAUCCAUAUCGGCCAUUGGGUUUACCUAUUUGGCAUUGAAUCAGUAUUUGCCUGUGCUUGCUACACCUAUGGUAUCGUUUCUACCAUUUUCCAUUGUCAUUCUCGGUUAUUGUGGAAAAGUCAAAAUUGGCCGUGUACCAAUAGCCAUUGUAGCUCUAAUUAUUGGCACUGCUCUCGGCUGGGCGACAUCAACAAAUGAGGCACAAGAUGUACGUGACGCCAGUAAAUUAGUUAAACCAUAUGCGCCAGUAUUUCCUGUUCAAGGCAUGUUCGAAAAUAUGAAUCGUAUCGGUCCGUACCUAUCCAUCAUUAUUCCAACAGGUAUUUCAAUUGCUAUUGGAACUAUACAAUGUGUUGAAUCAGCAAAGAGAGCCGGUGAUUUCUACCCGACUCGUGAGGCCAUGUUUGCUGAUGGAGUUGGAACAAUACUUGCAAGCUUAUUUGGCUCAAUUCUUGGCAUGACUGUUUAUAUUGGUCAUCCAGCAUAUAAAAGGAUGGGCGCAAGGCAAGCCUAUUCAGUGAUCAAUUGUUUGGCUUAUGCACCAUUAUGCUUUUUUGGCAUAAUCGCUCUUUUCAUCAGAAUAAUCGCUGUUGUUGCUGUUAAUCCGGUCAUUAUUUUCAUCGGUCUUUUUAUGUGUGCUGAAACUCUUGCAAUAACGCCUCCACGUCAUUAUAUUGCCUUUCUUCUCGGUUUAACACCUGUAGUGGCUGACUGGGCACGAGGAACAAUAAUUAACGGUGUUGCAGUUGCCUACUUAAAUGUGACCUUACCGAACGUAGACUUUGCUCAGAAUGUUACGCCUCAUAUAACUGAUUUCUCUUAUCAUGGACUUUCCAAUUUAGCUGGCGGCAGUCUCCUUCAAUGUAUUUUGAUUACGGCAAUUCUUAUGUAUAUGAUCGACCGAAAAUUCAUCCGAGGUGCCUUAUGGUCGUUUUUAGCAGGUCUACUCUCUUUCUUCGGUUUAAUUCAUUCCUCAAACUUGGGCGUCUUGUAUAAACAAACAGAUGAUGGAUGGCGAUUCACUGUAGGUUAUGCCAUGAUGAUAUUACUCUUCAUUCUGUGCGAAAUAGCACAACGAUGGAAAUGGAUAGAAGGACCCGAAAGUGAACCUGAUGAUUUAUCGUCUGAAGAAUGGCAUGAAUGGAAUCGAAUGCAACAAUCAAAUAAAGAAAGCCAAAGAUUUUAG